GGGCCCCGCCGCCAAGGAAUUGAUGCUUGUACGUGGUGGGUCAUUAUGCUGCUGCACCUGUGUAGUGUGAAGAAUCUGUACCAGAACAGGUUUUUAGGCCUGGCUGCCAUGGCAUCUCCAUCUCGAAAUUCCCAGAACCGACGUCGCUGCAAGGAACCACUGAGACAUAGCUACAACCCCGGUCAGUUGCACAGCAUGGCCAUCAGAACAGGCCCCCAUGGCAUACCUCGUUCCACCAGUGACACUGACUUGGUCACCUCAGAUAGCCGCUCCACACUUAUGGUCAGCAGCUCCUACUAUUCCAUAGGACACUCGCAAGAUCUUGUGAUCCAUUGGGAUAUAAAGGAAGAGGUGGAUGCUGGAGACUGGAUCGGCAUGUAUCUCAUUGAUGAGGUCUUGUCAGAAAACUUUCUGGAUUAUAAGAACCGUGGAGUCAACGGUUCUCACAGGGGCCAGAUCAUCUGGAAGAUUGAUGCCAGCUCUUAUUUUGUAGAACCGGAAACUAAAAUCUGCUUCAAAUAUUACCAUGGAGUAAGUGGAGCCCUGCGAGCUACCACCCCCAGCGUCACUGUCAAAAACUCGGCAGCCCCUAUUUUUAAAAGCAUUUGCUCUGAUGAAGCUGUUCAAGGGCAAGGAAGUCGGAGGCUAAUCAGCUUUUCUCUUUCAGAUUUCCAAGCUAUGGGACUAAAGAAAGGGAUGUUUUUCAACCCAGACCCAUACCUGAAGAUUUCCAUUCAGCCUGGAAAGCACAGUAUCUUCCCUGCCCUUCCUCACCAUGGACAGGAGAGGAGAUCAAAGAUCAUAGGCAACACUGUGAAUCCCAUCUGGCAGGCUGAGCUAUUCAGCUUCGUGUCCUUGCCCACUGAUGUUCUAGAAAUUGAGGUGAAGGACAAGUUUGCUAAGAGUCGCCCCAUCAUCAAACGCUUCUUGGGAAAGCUGGCAAUGCCUGUUCAGAGACUCCUGGAAAGACAUGCAAUAGGGGACAGAGUGGUCAGCUAUACACUUGGUCGCAGACUUCCAACAGAUCAUGUGAGUGGACAGCUGCAAUUCCGGUUUGAGAUCACUUCCUCCAUCCACCCAGAUGAUGAGGAAGUGACGCUCAGUGCGGAGCUGGAGCAGGAGCCCAUGGAUGCUGAGGAUGAGGACCGCUCAGAGAACCUCCUGGAGGCAUGCAGUGGAGCGGAGCCUGGAUCUGGCACCCCAGAGCCGCCAGCGAACCCGGAGUGUGCGCAGGCUGGAGAGGACGGCGUGGCCGAGGUAAUAGAGACCUCAGAGCCCCCGGAGUCUGCAGAGGCCGAGGCUGAGCCAACUCCGGUAGGAGACCUGGGUGUCCAGUCGGAGAGCGUCGAGGCCUCCGGGGAGCUCGGGGCCUCGGCACUGGAGGAUGCUCAACCUGAGGAAGUGGCCGAGGGGCUGGGCCUGGGUGUGGGGGAGCUCCCCGAAGAGCAGCUGCAAGAUGGGGAUGCCCCAGAGACUUCGGAGGAGCCGGUCCCCGACGCCCCAGCCAUAGGCCAGGAGAAGCCAGGCGCAGAAGCGGAGCUGGGGAAUGGUUCGGUCCCUGGGCUCAACGAGGAGGCCAUGCCACCACGAGUAUCCACCAAGAGGAAGUUGAGGCCCUGCUCCUUGCCGGUGUCGGAGCUGGAGACCGUGAUCGCCUCGGCCUGCGGAGACCCCGAGACCCCGCGCACCCACUACAUUCGCCUCCACACGCUGCUGCACAGCCUGCCGUCGGCCCAGGAACGGGGCAUGGACGAGGAGGGCGCGGAGGACGAAGCCACGCUCAGAGAGACGUCGGACAAGGAGACGCUCAGCGAAGGGGACACGGUGGCUGCAGAGCCUCCGCCCCCUCGGCUGGAGGAAGGGGACCCCGAGAGCAUGACCCAGGGCCUGGCGCCUCCGGGCUCCACCGGCCUGGCCAACGGUCUGGCCCCAGAGGGAGACCCGCAGGCCAGCACAGGCAGCGAGAGCGACUCCAGCCCGCGGCAGGGCGGGGACCACAGCUGCACCUGCGACGCGUCCUGCUGCAGCCCCUCCUGCUACAGCUCCUCCUGCCACAGCCCCUCCUGCUACAGCAGCUCCUGCUACAGCGCCUCCUGCUACAGCCCCUCGUGCCCCCACGGCAGCAGGUUCGCCAGCCACACCCGCUUCUCCUCGCUGGACAGCGCCAAGAUCUCCGAGAGCACCGUCUUCUCCUCGCAAGAUGACGACGAGGAAGAGAACAGCGCCUUCGAGUCGGUGCCCGACUCCAUGCAGAGCCCGGAGCUGGACCAGGAUCCCGGGAGCUGCGCCGCUUCCUGGCCGGAAGAGCUGGUGCCACCGGCCCGCAACUCCGCGGGAGCCCCACAAGGUCUGGAGUCCCCCGUGGCAGGCCCGAGCAGUCGGAGAGAAGGUGAAUGUAUUACACUCCAUAAUUCCCAGCCACUAAGCCAGCUUCCUUCCUUGAGGCCUGAGCAUCAUCACUACCCAACAAUCGAUGAGCCUCUUCCACCAAACUGGGAAGCUCGCAUUGACAGCCAUGGCCGGGUCUUUUAUGUGGACCACGUGAACCGCACAACCACCUGGCAGCGUCCAACAGCAGCAGCCACCCCUGAUGGGAUGAGGAGAUCUGGGUCCAUCCAGCAGAUGGAACAGCUCAACAGGCGGUAUCAAAACAUACAGAGAACCAUUACAACAGAGAGACCUGAAGAAGAUUCUGACAGCCAAAAUUGUGAACAAAUCCCAGCAGGAGGUGGUGGUGGAGGUGGAGGGAGUGACUCAGAGGCUGAAUCUUCUCAGUCAAGUCUUGAUGUAAGGAGAGAAGGGGCACUUUCUCCGGUGAAUUCACAAAAAAUCACCUUGCUUCUGCAGUCCCCAGCAGUCAAGUUCAUCACCAACCCUGAGUUCUUCACUGUACUGCAUGCCAAUUAUAGUGCCUACCGAGUCUUCACCAGUAGUACCUGCUUAAAGCACAUGAUCCUGAAAGUCCGGAGAGAUGCACGCAAUUUUGAACGCUACCAGCACAACAGGGACUUGGUGAAUUUCAUCAAUAUGUUUGCAGACACAAGACUGGAAUUGCCCCGGGGCUGGGAAAUUAAAACAGAUCAGCAGGGAAAGUCUUUCUUUGUGGACCACAACAGUCGAGCUACCACUUUCAUUGACCCUCGAAUUCCUCUUCAGAAUGGUCGUCUUCCAAAUCAUUUGACACAUCGACAGCACCUCCAGAGACUACGCAGUUAUAGUGCUGGAGAGGCUUCAGAAGUCUCUAGACACAGAGGAACCUCUUUAUUGGCCAGACCAGGACACAGUUUGGUAGCUGCUAUCCGAAGUCAACAUCAACAUGAGUUGUUGCCACUGGCAUAUAAUGACAAGAUUGUGGCUUUUCUGCGCCAGCCAAAUAUUUUUGAAAUGCUGCAAGAGCGUCAGCCAAGCCUGGCAAGGAAUCAUACACUCAGGGAGAAGAUUCAUUAUAUUCGAACUGAAGGUACUCAUGGCCUUGAAAAGUUGUCCUAUGAUGCAGAUCUGGUUAUUUUGCUAAGUCUCUUUGAAGAAGAGAUUAUGUCCUAUGUCCCUCUACAAGCUGCCUUCCACCCUGGGUACAGCUUUUCUCCCCGCUGUUCUCCAUGUUCCUCACCUCAAAACUCCCCAGGUUUGCAGAGAGCCAGUGCAAGAGCCCCUUCACCUUACCGGAGAGACUUUGAGGCCAAGCUCCGAAAUUUCUACAGAAAACUGGAAGCCAAAGGAUUUGGUCAGGGUCCAGGGAAAAUUAAGCUCAUCAUCCGUCGAGACCACUUGCUGGAAGGAACUUUCAAUCAGGUGAUGGCUUAUUCUCGGAAGGAACUCCAGCGAAACAAGCUCUAUGUCACUUUUGUUGGAGAGGAGGGCCUGGACUACAGUGGUCCUUCACGAGAGUUCUUCUUCCUUUUGUCUCAAGAGCUCUUCAAUCCUUACUAUGGACUCUUUGAAUAUUCUGCAAAUGAUACGUAUACAGUGCAGAUUAGUCCCAUGUCUGCAUUUGUGGAAAACCAUCUUGAAUGGUUCAGAUUUAGUGGUCGUAUCCUAGGCCUGGCUUUGAUCCAUCAGUACCUUCUAGAUGCUUUCUUCACAAGGCCCUUCUAUAAAGCACUACUGAGACUACCAUGUGACUUGAGUGACUUGGAAUAUUUGGAUGAAGAAUUCCAUCAGAGCUUGCAAUGGAUGAAGGACAACAACAUCACAGAUAUCCUAGAUCUCACUUUUACUGUUAAUGAAGAAGUUUUUGGGCAGGUAACAGAAAGGGAGUUAAAAUCUGGGGGAGCCAAUACCCAGGUGACCGAAAAGAACAAGAAGGAAUACAUAGAGAGAAUGGUGAAGUGGCGGGUAGAACGUGGUGUGGUGCAGCAGACAGAAGCCCUGGUACGAGGCUUCUAUGAGGUCGUAGAUGCCAGACUUGUGUCUGUGUUCGAUGCCAGGGAACUAGAGCUGGUUAUAGCUGGCACAGCAGAAAUCGACCUCAAUGACUGGAGGAAUAACACUGAGUACCGGGGAGGUUAUCAUGAUGGUCAUCUUGUGAUCCGCUGGUUCUGGGCCGCAGUGGAGCGCUUCAACAAUGAGCAGAGAUUGAGAUUACUUCAGUUCGUCACAGGAACAUCCAGUGUGCCCUAUGAAGGCUUUGCAGCUCUUCGAGGAAGCAAUGGGCUUAGGCGUUUCUGCAUAGAGAAAUGGGGGAAAAUUACAUCUCUCCCCAGGGCACACACAUGCUUCAAUCGAUUGGAUCUUCCAUCUUAUCCCUCGUACUCCAUGUUGUAUGAAAAGUUGUUAACAGCAGUAGAAGAAACCAGCACCUUUGGACUUGAAUGAGGAAAAGAAAAUUCAACUGAUGUUUUCCUGGCCAGUGACAUGACCCUUUCUGGGAUGAUUCUCCUUCCCAUAUCAACUGUCCUUUGAUUUUGAUAUUUCAUGAUUUUUAUUUUUAAACAAAAUCAUGACUGGCAAGAGCUGUGCAUGAAGAACUGCCUUCUAAUAAUCUAGCCUUCAGGCUUCUCUAUUUUCAGUGAACUGCUAGCCUGUAUGCAAUAUUUUAAAAAGCAGCUGUCUACAGGUCUGUGUGUAUCUCCACAUACAUCCAUUAUUAACAAUGAAAUAUAAAUGCAAGUUAUGUGACACUUGACCAAUUGGUAAUAAAUGUUUAUUUUCAUUACUAUUAUUUCAAAGAAAAUUGGGACAUUAAACAUUUCAAGCUUUUAUAUGCCUGUAUCUUCUGAGCAGAAACACCACUUUCAUCAUUUCAUCCAAUGACCUACUUCAGAAAUAGGAAUUGAUGAACUUUUUCUUUUCCUACUAUUCUACUUUAUUCCUGUGUACACUACCUAUCCAAAAAUAUCAGUGACAAAACCAAAAAAGUUUUAUACAUUUAAUUCAUGAAACAUUUGUGGAACUAGCCUAGACACAUGGUGCAAAAAUUUUGCUUUCCCACAAAUAAUAACAAAAAAGAAAAACACUGCUUGCUAACGCAGCACAGUGCAUAUCAAUGGUUGUGGAGAUUGUGGCUCAAUUUGAGUUUCUUGAAGUCUAGAAAAUGGAGCACACCUUUGAGAGCAUGCACCCAGAAGGAGCACAAUUUGUGCAUAUGUCUUAUAAGGAUAUCUCAUUAUAUAGCUAGCAUAAACCACAAGGCUUCUCUUCCAUUGUGUUGUAAAGAAUAUGACGCAAACAGGAGAAAUGGAAAGAGAUACUAAGUUUGAAUAACUGAGUUUUUCACUGUUGUGUUUUACUUUGUUUUGUUCCAUUCUAGCUACAAUUCUCCUUUACAAGGAUAAAAACUAUAUAAAUAAUCUCCUGUUGUUUGUUAAAGCCAGGCAACAAACAAACUGUCAGCUGAUUGAUGAUUUUUUUAUGCUGUUGUUGUUUUAUGUUUUUGUCUUUCAUAAUUAUGUUGUUCAAAUUCCUUCACUGUCCUUACUGUCCAUAGGGACCACACUAAAUAAGAAGCUGCAGAGAGUGAUGGUGCUUGUUAGGGAUCAAGGGCAAUGUAAUACUUCUGCUUAAUUCAGAGCAAUUUUCCUGGAGCAGAGUUAGCUCCUCCAAACCACUUUGAUUUAUGUCAAAUAAAUACUUUCUUCCUUUUAGCAUUUAUCAUUCUCAUAAUUUUCAGAAAAAAAUAGCUGUAGGAGCCAGCCUCUUGAUUACAUUUGGAAUAAAGCCCAAAAUAAUGGUCAUUGCUAUUUUUCUAAACUUGAUGUCUAUGUUGUCUGAAAUAUUUCAUGAAUGAAAGUGUUUUCUUCACUGGGAAAAAAAACUAACAGGUCCUUCUGUUGAAAUGUCAAUAUGUUUAAAAUAAGGGGGAAAUUUGAGGCAUGUAAGAUAGUUAAUUUUAUAUGAGGCCAUACUUUGUGUGCUUGAUAGAUCAGUUUGUGUCUGGAGUGUGCACUUGUUUUGUUCUUUGCACUGCAAAUGAAGUCUUCUUUCGUAAAUUUUUUUUUAUUUUAUAUCACACCCAGUGGUGCUCAGGGGUCACUCUUGACUCUGCACUCAGGAAUUAUUCCUGACAGUAUGGGAUGCUGGAAAUUGAACAUAGGUUGGUCAUGUGCAAGGCAAGAGUCCUACCCACUGUACUAUUUCUAUAGCUCCAGAAAAUCUUUACAAUAAUCAGUAUCCCUACCUGCUGCUGUUCCUUUGCUAUCAGAGACUAUACAUUCUAAAGAAAAUAAGUUUCUUAAUUUUACAUCUAAAAUAAAUAUCAAGACAGGAUAACACAAAAAUAUUAGAUAAUAUAGGGAUCUAUUGAUAAUUGAAAACUCCCUAAAUUCAGUGGCUAUUUGAGCAUCUAAAGAGAUAACAGAAUUUCAACAGAACUCAGAACAUAAUGAAAUCAGAACAUAUGGAUUUUUCAAAUCAUUCCAUGAUUCUUACUCUGAAGAGCAUCUUCAGUAUCCUUAUUCUGACCUUACGUCAUUUUUCUUUUAACUUGUUGUGUGUAUGUAAAUAAUUAUUCAUUUAAGGGUUUACUGCUUUAAAAAUAUUUAUAUUAUUUGCUAGGCAUUGACAAGGGAGAAAGGUGUUCAAAAGGAUGCAAACUACUCCUAGGUAGCUUUACAAUUUAUAUAAUAUGAAAUUUAUUUAUUUGAUUCGAUAUUGAUCUAAUGUUAAUCUGACUAUAUGCAGAAAAGGGUAUUCUAGAAUUUAUAGUAUAAUUUGGACAUAAAUUUUUAAAACGGGGCCAUUCUCAGUUGUGCUGGGACGUGGAGGCCUCUCCUGGAAACUCUGCCUGCAAUGCAGGUCUGACAGUCUGGUGCUCAGGCCUGGUGGUGCAUGGGGACCACCUGGGCUACACAUAGUGGUGCUUGAGGGGUCCAAAAGGUUCUGGAGAUUGAACUCAGGGUCUUGUACAUGCUAGGCAGGUGCUCUUCUGCUUGAGCUACUUUUCUGGCCCUACCCAUGAUUUAUAAGCUAAUCUUUCCUAGUUCCUCUUAAUGACAUGGCUCUAGAUAGGUUCCACAAAUCUUUACGGGAACAGUAUUUUAUAAAAAAUAUAAAAUUCUAAAAUGAUAUACUGGUGUUAAAUUCUUAGUAAACUAUAAGAAUUCAAAGUUUACUUAUUAGGUUCCAGAUUCCACUGCAAAGCUGUACAAAAUAUUUAAAAGAGAAAAAGAAAAUUAAGUUUAAAUGUUUUAGGAAACGAUCCUUUUGUUUCUCAGUGCCCCAAAUAUUUUUUGUUAUUAUUUCCUAUAUGUAAAGGUGACUUAAAAAUUGUGUUCUCAUUAUAUAGCUAAUGAAAUAUCUACAUGAUUAUGUUAUGCUACUAAUUUCAACAGGUAGAUGUGUAGCCACAUAAAUUAGAUAAUUUAAUGCCAAACCUAAUUGCAAUUUUCCCCAAUUUAUAAAACAAGUUUUCAUCAUAUAGAAAAAUUGUAAAACUAAUCAGUGUAAACCACAAUUAUUUUUAAAAUAGCUAUUUUAGAGGUAGCUUCAGUAAGAGUGUGUUAGCCUUAAA